UCCGCUGCGCGCGCCGGCGGUUAUGCCACAGCGCCACACGCAAACGAACCAGACGCCGGCCGGUCGUGCGCAUAAAAACUAUUAAAUUCGAAAUUCAAAUUCGCCAAACGCUCUCGAACUUUUCAAGUGUCUAACAGAAAUCACACACGAUUACCUUGUGAACACGUGUUUUACUUUAGUGAAAAUCUAUGCAACUCUAGUGAUUCUAGUUCUCUAGUGUUCUGGGUCACGGAAUAUUGAUGAAUUAGUGAAGCAUUGUUCAAAGCCACACCGAUGGAGGAGAAGAAAGAAAUCAAUCUAGACUCCGUGCUGGAGAGCCUGGGUCCGUACGGCCGCUACAAUAUACUCAAUUUUGCGCUGCUGCUUUUUCCUAUUUUGCUCAGCGCUUUCUUCGAGUGCGGAUUUAUAUUUGAAGCGCAACAGCAGAAUUACAGAUGCGAAAUCCCAGGCUGCGAAGGGCUGUACAACGACACUUCAUGGCUCCAGUACUCAUUCGCCAUCCCCACCACGCCAGACUCGAAGCACUUGGAGUCCUGCGUUCGGUACGCACCGCUCGGCGCGGGCUGCUCGGCGGAUCAGUUCAAUACCAGCAAGACUGUGCCGUGUGAGAGAUACGUGUAUGAGAUCGAUCAAAGCUUUAUGCAAGAGUUCGGCUUCGCCUGCCAAGAAUGGAAGCGCGCUUUGGUCGGCACCGUUCACAAUUCUGGCAUGUUUGCCGCCAUGCUCUUCACCGGGGCUAUCUCCGACCGCUUCGGCCGAAAGAUCGCCGUCGGAAUCGCGGCGACAGCAUCGUUGGUCUUCGGGAUCCUUCGGGGCUUCGCGCCGGAUUAUAUAACUUAUCUGAUUAUGCACUUCUUCGAGGCUGGCUUUGGAGGCGGGCUUUAUCCGUCAGCAUAUGUUCUAAUUGUAGAGCUGGUCGGCCUCAAGCAGCGCGUCAUAGUGUCGACCAUGUGCAACAUGGCCUUCGUGAUCGGCGUCGUAAUCCUCUCCGGCAUCGCCUGGUUCGUCAACAACUGGAGGACUUACGUCUUCAUCCUCUACACUCCUGCCCUCCUGGUCACACUGUACGUCUGGUUCAUGAACGAAAGCGCACGCUGGCUAUUAAGCAAAGGAAGAAAAGACGAAGCGAUCAAAAUACUAAAGUCUGCUGCCAAAAUCAAUAGAUUAGAUCCUAGAAAACUUGAAUUAGACAAUCUUGGAGACCCGCUUUUGAAAUCAGAGAAUCAAACUGAUGACAAGAAAUCUCAGUUCGCUAAAGCGAUUAGUUCUUCUAUAAUAUGGAAGCGUCUAUUAAUCUGUAUGUUUCUGUGGAUGACUUGUUCUUUUGUGUAUUACGGGAUGACGAUAAACUCAGUGUCGUUGAGUGAUAAUAAGUAUUUAAGUUUUAUGUUGGUGACGCUGGUGGAGAUUCCGGCGUACGUGGUGGUGGCGAUAGUGCUGGACAGGUACGGGCGGAAGAAGACGCUGGUCGUGACGUACACGACGUGUGCGGCGACGAGUAUGCUGUUCGCUUUCUUGCCAAAGGCGGCCUGGUGGUCAACUGCGCUGUACCUCGUCGGCAAGUGGAGCGUGACUCUAGCCUACUCCUCGGUCUAUAUCUACGUAUCGGAGGUCUUCCCGACGAAUAUGAGGCAGACGCUCAUCAGCAUCUGCUCCACAGCUGGUAAAAUUGGGUCGCUGGUCGCGCCGAUGACGCCGCUGUUGUCCUUAUACCACUCGUCGAUGCCAACGGUCCUGUUCGGCGGCAUGUGCGUCAUCUCCGGCACGCUGGUGCUGAUCCUGCCCGAGACGAGGAACACACGACUCCCGGACACCAUUGAGGAGGCCGAGGCCAUAUCCAGGAAGAGCAAGGGCGACGAGGCUUAGGACUGGAUCAGUGGCUACCAAGACUAUGUUAAAGAAUAUUCAUUGUAUAGGGAAAGAAAACAGCAUCCCGAAACGUGUGACUAAUAGGACCAAAAAUGGCAACAGUUUGCAGUAGCUGUUGAUAGUCGCUUUGAAACAUCCAUAAAAUUUCUUUCAAGCCAAAAGAACCAUUACAACAACACCCAACAGUUAAAUUUUAUGGACGGUUACGUUCAUUAGAAGUUUCAAACAUCCCUUAUUAUAAUUGUUAAAGAUUAAAUACAUUUGAACAACUGCCCUAUCAUUGCUAAAGAUUGGAGACAUUGGAACACAUCAUUAAAAAAAACCAGACAAAUUGAUAACCUCCCCUCUUUUGAGAUUUGGAUCACUCUAGAUAGCACACAAAUGCUCAUUGGCUUACACAAAGAAACUCCUUUGUUUCAUGUAGUCCUAGUACCACUCGUGGAUGCCUCGUGUCCUGCUCGGCGGCUUGUACGUCAUCUGCGGCACGCUGGUGCUGAUUCUGCCCGAGACUAGGAACACGCGACUCCCGGAUACCAUUGAGGAGGCCGAGGCCUUGUCCAGGAAGAGCAAGGGCGGCGACGCUUAGGACUAGAUCAGUGGCUACCAAGACUAUAUCAGAGAAAUCCUUUGUAUAAAGUGAACAGCAUCCCUAACGGUUUAGCUAAGUAUUAGACCCAAAAAUUACAACAGUUGUCAUUUUGAAAACCAUCCAUAAAAUUUAUCAGUUGUCAUUUUUGAGAAAUUUCAUUGUAUGGAGAAAGUGAACACUAUCUCUAAACUACUGGAACUGUUAGAGAUUUUUGACACAUUAAAGGAGUGUCUUGUGUGGCUACCGUAUAUAUGUUACUUGAUAGCGCGAAGAAUGAUGGAGAAAAUAAAUAGUGUACUAAAACGUCAAAAACUCAUCCGUUUUAUAACCGCUUCAUCGCCCUGUGAUUGACACUUAUCAUCCUGAUCCUAGUCUGACUACAUUGAAUGUUAAUGUUAUUACGCUGAAGGCCUGAUAAUUGGCGGUCAAUGGUUUAAUGCCUCGUAUAUUUCGACAAAACUGUCAAUGAUAUCGUCGAAUCAAAAUUUUUCGACAUCUACCCCGAUUGAUCGCUGGCUAAGACGCUAAUCUAAGACUUAACUUUGUUUCAUAUCGCUACCUAGGCUCUAUACAAUAAGCCAGCUAUCAAACUAUUCGAAGAAAGGUUUUAUUUUAUGCCCCAGAGUACCUAGCCAGCUUCACAAUCGUUUACGCUUCGUAUGCAUAGGUAUCGUAGCUAGCAGAAUCACUCUCCUGUAGUGGCGCAACAGAGCCAGACCGCGUUUUGGAUCGCCACCCACUACCCAGUGUCAACCAUUGUCACUUCGGCUAGGCUGCACGUUUAUAUUUCAUAUUACAUUUGGCAGCUAAGUUCAACAUACAAUUUUGUAUUUAGUAUCCUUUUGAUGUGAAUUCAAAAUUAAAUUUCCUUUGUGUGGAAUCGUUUCCCAGUAUUUUACUGCUUUUGGCAGGUAGCCCAUUCCUGAUGCUGUUAGUGUUUUCUAUGUCUGAUUACAGAGUAGAAUACAAAUUACCUUAGGUUGCCCAUUACAUUGUCCUAGAUUUAGAGUAUAAGACUAAUGGUGACUGUAGUGAGAAUAUAUUGAAAGUGUGACUUAUUCAAUGACAAGAUUCCGAAAUUGUAUGACUGCUUUUCCAAGAAGGUACCUACUGGCUCCUAAGAAGGUCUGGUUCCUAAGCUUUCCCACUUUGAUAAUUUAAUACUUGUGUUAGUGUGAAUGAAGUUAAAUCAUGUGUCCUUAUUUGUUGGCACCAGAAAGAAAAUACAUUAUAGGUAGUAGUUUAUAUUAAAACUAAGAAAAAUAAAAGAUAAAAGUAACGAUAGACCAUCUUUAUUUCCAGUAGGUACCUUAGAUCCUUAGAAAAAAGGCACUUACCGAAAUGAUUUUUAUAACUUAUCGUAACAAAUGCAGACUUUACAUUUUGGAAAUAAAAAAAGAAACACCAAGUCGAUUUGUAUAAACAGAAACAGUUUUGCUGAAUCGUAAAAUGUAAGAAGGUAUUGAGAAGUUUUUUACAACUUUUAACAGUUCGGCCGGCUGCAUCUUCACAAUAUGCUAUUAAACUACAUUGUACCCCGUCUUUAUUGUCCGACAAUGUCGUAUAAGCACCUGUCGUAAAAGUAGCUUAGAAACUUUCAAGUAUUUUGUAAAUAAAACAUCGUAUUAAAUGUAAAAGUCUCUGAGUACCUACCAAAAAAGUCUGCUUUGAAAUUUAAAAAGGUUUUACAGGCACUACAUUAUAGCACUAGUGUAAGAAAUGGUAGUUUAUGUGCCCAUGUUGAAACUUCAAAGGGCCAUAUGUACUGAAAGACGUCGUGCAAUACACGUGCGAAGAGGAAAUCGUUUUGAUUGCAGUGCACACAUUUCGGUCAUGUUUUAAUUUAUCGACACCCGUUUAGGACCUAUUUUCGCACUUAUAUUGUAUUGUACUAUUUCGGUGUGAGUUUUUUAUCAUUUUUACUACAAUUUCGCUUUUGUACAAUAGAUAUUAUUUCAUACCUGAGAAUAAGUUUACGAUAAUUUAUUUGUUAUAUGUUGUUUAAUUUAAAACGUACGAAUGUACUUAUACUACUUAUACAUAAAUAAACUUAAAACAAAUGACAUACUUAUAAGAGUAAAUAAUUUACCGUCUUGUGUUACUUAGUAAAACUCGAAUACCUUUAUUUCAAACGUACAGAAUACGUUAUUUUAAUAUUUAUUACUUGUAAUAUUUAUGUAAUUAUUCGGAAAAGACAUCUAUUAAUAAAAAUCAUAGAAAAAAAAAUAUGGACCAUCUUCCAUUAUUAGAUUUUUUUUUAUAUACUUAUAGGUAAAUGAAAAAUCACGGUAUGAAAGUGAAUUGAAUACUAUGAAUAAAUGUGACAAAUAUGCAUAAAAUUAAUGCGAUCGACAGUAUUUUAGUUUUGUAAAUACAGGUUUUGUGUUAAAUUUUAGAAUUAAGACUAAAUGGGACCAAUGACAUGUCAACGCAGUAUGUGCAUUUUUUGAUAAAACAUAAUACAAUAUUUAAUAACUUAUAUAAUGUCAGUACAAACGAACGCAUUAUGGAAACACAAUUUUUACAAUACACUUUUAUAAAUAAUA